CACCUCCAAUGCCAUCUGUCAAAACGUUGCUCAAACAGACACAGGGUCGAGGUUACUACAGAGAGGGGAUCGUAAAAGCACUUAGCUCGGAUAGUUCAUGGAGGUCGUGUAGCUACUCUAUUCAUACCUCAGUGAUUCUAACGGCCUCAACAAGGAAAUAUUAGCUAGUAAGUUGAUAGUACAUUAGCCUAGCUACGAGACGAAGACUGUUGCCAACUAGCGCAGCUGUGUUUCAUCAAACUGUGUAAGUGGCAAACGAAUCGGCAUCAAAAAGUAUUAAUUGACCGAUAUUUGACACUCUUAAUCGCAAAUUUGUACUGAAGAGUGGUGAUGGACUUUCUCGCUGGCUGCAUUGGCGGUGCUGCCGGAGUCUUAGUAGGGCACCCUUUUGACACGGUUAAGGUGAGACUCCAGGUUCAGAAUGUGGACAAGCCUCUCUACCGCGGGACCUACCACUGUUUCCAGUCCAUUGUUAGGCAGGAGUCGAUGUUUGGGCUGUACAAAGGCAUCGGCUCCCCCAUGAUGGGCCUAACCUUCAUCAAUGCCAUAGUGUUUGGAGUGCAGGGAAACGCUAUGCGUUACCUGGGCCACGACACCCCUAUGAACCAGUUCCUGGCCGGGGCCGCAGCCGGAACCAUCCAGUGUGUCAUCUGCUGUCCCAUGGAGCUGGCCAAGACACGCAUGCAGAUGCAAGGCACUGGGGAGAAGAAGUCCAAGAGGAAGCUCUACAAGAACUCCCUGGACUGUCUGGCCCGUAUCUACAAGCGGGAGGGGCUGUCGGGGGUGAACCGUGGCAUGGUUACCACGCUGAUCCGAGAAACCCCCGGUUUUGGGGUCUACUUCCUGGCCUAUGACGUCCUGACUCGCUCCAUUGGCUGUGAACCUGACGACCCCUACAUGAUCCCCAAACUGCUAUUCGCCGGUGGGAUGUCCGGGAUUGCCUCUUGGCUCUCCACCUAUCCAGUGGAUGUGAUUAAGUCCCGCCUCCAGGCGGAUGGGGUGGGUGGGGUCUACCAGUACACCAGCAUCGCUGACUGCGUGCGGCAGAGCGUGAGGAGGGAGGGGCUCAGAGUGUUCACGCGAGGUCUUACCUCCACCCUGCUCAGGGCAUUUCCCGUCAAUGCUGCCACCUUCGCCACCGUCACGCUGGUGCUGCUGUACGCACAGGGAGUGGAAGAGGGGCCCAAAGACUGUGAGCUGGGGCCCCCAAACACAGCUCACCACACACAGCUACCGCAGCAGACCCAGGCUUCCAGCUUGUGAUCUGAGUCUGGAGGUGUUACUCCCACCAAAGCUGCUCUACUGUGGGGUGGGGGAGGGAGGGAAACCCAUUGGGACCCAAUGCCCUUUGAAUCGCUGAGUAUGGAAACCCAUAGACUCCUGAUAUAGCUAUAUGUACACUACCGUUCAAAAGUUUGGGGUCACUUAAAAAUUCAUUAAAAUCACAUCAACAACAAAAAAUCCAUUAAAAU